ACGUUUAUCCUUACUGUUUAUUUCGAAAACGAAUAGUAAUAAUCGUGGACAAAUAAAUUAUGAACCAUUGACAGAAAAACAAAAACACAAAUUACGCAAUUCUGUUGUCAAAUAUUUAAACAAUGAAGUCAAAGAUUUAGAGAUCGUAAAUCUUUAUCAAUUGAGAGAAACAUUUGAAGUAUUUAAACAAAUAAAUAA